GGAAGUGGGAUCUGUGUGUUCUCAUGCGAACGGGAAGGAGCGUUGGGGAUCUGGAGUCUCGAGGUUGAGACAUUUUCGGGCCCGAAAAAGGAAGGAUCAGCUGCCGUCGCUGCCAAGCCCGCGCCCGCUCUUCUUUGCUGUCUCCGGCCCGGCCCGGCCGUGCCGCCUUUUCUUGCCGUCUCCCUCCUCGGCCGUCCCCGCGUGUUUUGCGCGGUCGCCGGGCACCGGGGCUGCGGCGAGGAGCCCGCGGGCGGCCGGUCGGGCGGGGCGGGCGGCUGACAGCGUCCUGAGGUUAGCAUUAUACUUUUCCAGUGGAGCCCAUGACUUCUGAUCAGGACGCUAAAGUUGUGGCUGAACCGCAGGCACAGCGAGUCCAGGAGGGCAAGGACAGCUCUCAUCUGAUGAAUGGUCCUAUAUCACAAACCACUUCUCAAACAAGUUCCCUCCCAGCUUUGACUCAGGUCCCAACAACUAAGGUUUCAGAGCUAAACCCUAAUGCAAAAGUAUGGGGGACUCAUAUGUUACAUUUGGAAGCAAGUAGUGCUGCUGUUGGUGUGAAUGCCACGUGGGAAGAGGCUCCUGGUCAUCCUACAGACUGCGACCAGCAGGGAUUGGAUGCCAAUGGUGAUGGCGACAAAAGUCGUGACAAUGCAGUGCUCCCGGAUGCACAGGAGGUGGAGCAGACAGACAUGAGCACUCUGGCUCUGGACCAUUCAGAAUAUGAACCUCUGCCUGAGAACGAUACGGGAGGAAAUGAGUCUCAACCCGAAAGCCAGGAAGACCCUCGGGAAGUACUUAAGAAAACAUUGGAAUUCUGCUUAUCUAGGGAGAAUCUUGCUAGCGACAUGUACCUUAUAUCCCAGAUGGACAGUGAUCAGUAUGUGCCAAUUACAACGGUAGCUAACCUUGACCAUAUCAAGAAACUCAGUACUGAUGUGGAUUUGAUUGUUGAAGUGCUAAGAUCUUUACCUUUAGUCCAAGUGGAUGAGAAGGGAGAGAAAGUAAGGCCAAAUCAAAACCGGUGCAUUGUAAUAUUGCGUGAAAUAUCGGAAUCCACCCCUGUGGAAGAAGUAGAAGCACUAUUUAAAGGAGAUAAUUUACCAAAAUUUAUAAACUGUGAAUUUGCCUAUAAUGAUAAUUGGUUUAUUACCUUUGAAACAGAAGCUGAUGCACAGCAGGCUUACAAAUACCUUCGAGAAGAAGUCAGAACUUUCCAAGGAAAGCCAAUUAAGGCACGGAUAAAAGCAAAGGCAAUAGCGAUAAACACAUUUUUGCCAAAGAAUGGAUUUCGACCUCUGGACAUGAACCUGUACACACAACAGCGUUAUGCUACAUCAUUUUAUUUACCUCCAGUGUAUAGCCCCCAGCAGCAGUUCCCUCUGUACAGCCUGAUCACCCCCCAGACAUGGUCAACAACACAUAGUUAUCUCGAUCCACCCUUGGUAACUCCUUUUCCAAGUACUGGAUUUAUAAAUGGGUUUACAUCUCCGACCUUCAAACCUGCAACGUCUCCUCUGACAUCGCUCAGACAAUAUCCUCCUAGAAGCAGGAAUCCUAGUAAGUCUCAUCUGCGCCAUGCGAUUCCUAGUGCAGAGAGAGGGCCUGGGCUGCUAGAAAGUCCUUCAAUAUUUAACUUCACUGCAGAUCGAUUAAUUAAUGGUGUCCGGAGCCCACAGACGAGGCAAGCAGGGCAAACUAGAACACGAAUACAAAACCCUUCAGCUUAUGCCAAGAGAGAGAUUGGAACUGGGCGUGUGGAGCCAAGUAGUCUUGAAUCCUCUCCGGGUUUAGGGAGAGGAAGGAAAAAUUCCUUUGGCUACCGGAAGAAAAGAGAAGAGAAGUUUACAAGCAGCCAGACGCAGUCUCCAACACCACCAAAGCCUCCAUCACCAAGCUUCGAACUGGGGCUGUCCAACUUCCCCCCAUUACCUGGAGCUGCAGGCAAUUUGAAGACAGAGGACUUGUUUGAAAACAGGCUUUCCAGCUUGAUCAUAGGAUCUUCGAAAGAAAGAAACCUCAGCACAGAUGCAAGCACAAACACUGUUCCUGUAGCGGGACCCAGAGAGCCCUCCAUGCCAGCGCCCUGUGCUGUGUCGGCUGCAUUUGAACGCUCCCCUUCCCCGGCCCAUUUACCCGAGGAUCCCAAGGUGGCAGAAAAGCCGAGGGAAACUCCCAGUGUGGACAGACUCCCUUCUACCCCUACUACAACUGCAUGUAAAUCCGUGCAGGUGAAUGGAGCAGCAACAGAAUUGCGAAAGCCCAGUUAUGCAGAGAUCUGUCAGAGAACGAGUAGAGAGCCUGCUUCCUCCUCCCCAUUGCAACCCCCAAAAGAACAAAAGCCAAACACUGUCGCCUGUGGGAAGGAGGAGAAGAAGCUUGCUGAGCCUGUGGAGAGAUACAGAGAGCCCCCUGCCCUCAAGUCCACUCCUGGAAUCCCCAAAGAUCAGAGGAGGCAGCCUGGGCGCCGACCCUCUCCUCCAGCUGCCGGCAAGCGCCUGAACAGGGAACAGAACACUCCUCCUAAGUCUCCUCAGUGAAAGCCGGAUGCCUGGGAGGGGUCUGGAAGAGCUGUAUUCACCGAACGAAGCUCUCCCACUCAGUACGGAAUGAGCCGCUGGUUAGGAGCUUGCAGUGUCUGUGGGGCCCGUGGGAUACCUGCAAGUUACUUCCUUCUGUGAGUCGGAUUUUCCCCCUCUUGGAAAAAAAAAUCUAUUUUUCAGGAUUUAAUUAUAUAAUAUAAACCUUAUUUUAGGUUGGUGCUUAACUGGAGGUGAUACAGAAGUCUGAUGUUUUUCAGGAUAGAAAAUGUAUUUAUCCUAACAAAUGGAUAUUUUUUAUUAAGCCUCCACGUGGCUCUGAAUGCAAAGCUAUAAUGAGUUUUUCUAAAUUAAGGGAACUCUGCUACUUUGUUUUGUUUUGUUUUGUUUUGUUUUUUACUGCUGGUCUGCAAGUACACAUUGGUAGGGUGUCCCAGCAGACGGAUGGGGGCUGAUGGCACUGGCAGGCAGCCUGGGCCUCCCAGAGCAAGGGACUGGCAAUGUCAGGGCACUGACAAACUGGCAUAGGAGCUGUGUUUUCAUCUAAACCCUUAGCUAACAGGUAACUCUAGCUUUAAAACAAGAUACAGAUGUAUAUACAGUUCUUUUUUGAUCUAGUGGGCAGAAUGAACCUGCAAAGAGCACCCUAGAAAGACCUGAAACCUUUGAGUUGAUGUCCUGCGAGCAAGUAACCAGCCUCUCACUCCAGUUCCAAGUGGCUACUAUGUAAAAUAAAUUCAAAGCACAUUGUGAAUAGAACCUAGAUGAAAUUAGAAACUGCUGCCCACUGACGUCAGACCAUGAAGUUGUACCAUGAUGUGUGUCCCUGUGAGUUAGUGGGCUGCCUGGCUCCCAUCCUCCAGUGCCUGCUCUAUCUGUGUCCCUCCUACACUCUCUCUGGAGAGUCAUGUCGUAGCCAGCUCUGUGUGGAUGUCUUCCUGUACCUCUGCAUCGGCACAUGGAUUUAGAAGUACCUAGCCAUGAGAGAGUGCUGUCUGUGGUCCCCCUCUGGCUGGCAAGGACAGAGUCCUUGCUCUUUUACCUCCAGGACAAGGGUCUUGUUGAUUGUUUCCAGAAGCGCUGCACUUCUGAAGAGCAAGAGUGCAGUCAAGUUAGCAAGUUCAUAAUAAAGUUACAGAUAAAUUAUUUUGUUUUAAAAUGCCUAAAAUUUUUCUUUAAGUAUUCUAAGCAGCAGACAUUAAAAUAUUUCCUGCUAUAUGUAACCAUACAGCUUAUUCCACAAAAUGCUAUUUAACAAGACUGAAGGUUGUUUUGGUUUCUUUUUUCUUUUUUUUUCUUUUUUUUCUAAGGAAAAAAAAUGAUUUCCAUCCAAUAUUUAAAGACUUGAAUUUUAUUUAAACUUGAAAAUGACUUUGCCUUAACUUUUGUAUAAGACAGCUUAGAGCUCACGGAGACCUGCCCCUGGGUUGGCGGGAGUGGAUCGGUUACUCAGUUGCCAUGCGGAUCUCCUGGUGUUGGUUUUGCUGAGAACGCAUACUGUUGUACAAGAACUCCAGUGGUUUUUGUAACAUCCCUACAGAUCUUCAACAGUUGAUCUUUUUUCAGAUUGUUGAAAAAUCCUGUAAAUGCAAAUAGUCGCUACUGUGUUAAAUCUGUGCACUUGGGAGUGUGCUCUGCCUGUACAGUGUAAAUAAUCAGAACAUAUGAGAAAGGUACCCUACAGAGAAGAAUCUGAUAAAAAUUAUUGAUAUAUUAUAAAUGUUGCUGUUGAGCUGGAUGUAGAUAAACUAAAUGUUGUGGUUUGAGUAUUAUUUUAAUUUGUUAAGGUUUUUCUUUUUCCCCUUAUACUGGUGUGUUGAACUGAUUUUGCCUCUUUGCUGCAAAAGGGAAAUGGAAAGUCUUAUAAAAGCCUUUGGAUGUUUUCAUACUCUUAAAUUAAAAGUAUGUAAGUACAUACUAAUCAUAUGUGAUGUGUGAGGGUUUGGAAGGAAAGUAUAGAGCGCAGAGACUGGCAGGAUCUUCCAAUGAAAGUAAAAAACAAAAAACAAAAAAAACAAAAAAAGAAAGAAAGACCAGAAUGUGCUAAUUACAAUUAUACUGUUAAGUGAUUUCUUUCCUGCCAGAGGCAAAGAUGGCCUGAUGCACGUGACCAUUUCCUUCAGAGCAGCUGUCACUCAGUUACAUAGGAGUAACGCAGUGCUGAUGUUUCAGACGCCUGUGAAAGGAACAUAGGACGAAUUUCCUUAUAGAUGUCAGAUCACUGACCAAAAAAAAAAAAAAAGAAGAAGAAGAAGAAGAAAAAGAAGAAGACGAAAACAACUGGCCUCUUGAACCCACACUAGCAGAUACUGUCUAUCUGGAAAGAUGAGCCUGAGGCCUCGGGUCCUUCCCAUCACAUCUUUGCUGGAAGAGGGGCCAGAUUAUGGUCAGCAUCCUUUAUCCCCAAGGGUGCUCUCCCAGAGGAUCUUUGCUUUUUAAUGAGAAGUCCUUUCCCCAAGGCUGAGCAUUGCAGCACGAAGCCUGUGUGGCAGGCAGAGCCAGCUGUGGGUGCUUGCUGUCUGCUGGCUGGGAGGGUAAAGCUAGCUCACUGGCCGCACGCAGGGGCAGGUGUGCAGAUGCACGAGGUCGGGACACUGUAAGUACUGCUUAGCCAGUGACAGCCUGGCAUCAGGAACUAAAGCCUUGCUCACAUGUGAUUUUUAUAGCACUCAUUUUCAGGAAGCAAAGGUGAUAUGCCAAAUAGCUGUAAAAUGUCAAAACAGAGACUUCCUGAACACUUUGAGGUUUUCCACUCAGAAAAAAAUGGAAGUUAUCAAACUAGGAAACUGUUGAGGGUGCAUGCAGACUCUUGCUACGUCACAUACAGCAAGUGUGAUAUGUGGUUUUCAUAAUCUACUUUUUAAGUUUACUCAUUCCUUUCAGUAUCUCAAGGUAUAGAAUCAGAGAUACCACAGUCACAAAUGACAUUUUUAACUUGUAAAAUUGUGUGAUGAUGCUUAAUUAUCAUAUGGAAAUAUGGACUAGGAAUCUGGCCCCACUUCACCAGACAUGAAUUUCAAGUGAUUCCUCUCUUGUAGUCAGUGUCAUGAUGUCUCUGUGAAUCCCUCCUGUCAUUGCAUCACUGGUUGCCACUAGUGGGUGGCAAAAAAAAAAAAAAAAAAA